UGUCUGAUGUCUCCGCUGCUCGGUGCUGUCUAGCCCGGGGGAGGGAGGAGCCGCUGUCACAGUGCUGGACCCCCGCCCCCUGGCUCCCCCGUGUCUCCGGUAUGAUGGCGGCUGGAGGAUGGCACCGUGUGGGCCAGGCUGAUGGCGGAGCGUUAUAAACCCCGGAGAAGAUGAGCACAUUGGCCCCACUUUGUCUUAGCGACAUGGCCAGCCCUACCCUCAGUCCAGAUGACUCUUCUAUGUCUAUGUCUGCAGCAGUGAGCAUUUCCCCUUCAGACUCCGAGAAUCUGAGUCCUGAUGAAUUGGAGCUGCUGAGCAAAUUAGAGGAACAAAACAGGCUCCUAGAAGCAGAUUCUAAGUCAUUGCGCAGUGUUACAGGAUCCUGCAGGACCAGUGUCACCUCCCCGGGACCACCACCUCUGGACCAGGACAGCUGGGAACUGUGGGGGCGCAUUGUUACUCACUGGGAGGAAUGGACAAGGAGGAAAGAGAAGCUCCUGAAGGAGUUGAUUCGAAAAGGUAUCCCAUAUCACUUUAGGGCCAUGGUAUGGCAGAUGCUGUGUAACGCAUCAGACAUGCCCGUGAAGAAGCAGUAUGCAGAUCUCCUGAGAAUGUCUUCUCCUUGUGAAAAGCUCAUCCGCAGAGAUAUUGCACGGACCUACCCCGAGCAUGACUUUUUCAGAGGACAGGACAGUAUGGGGCAAGAGGGAUUGUUCAAUGUGAUGAAGGCAUAUUCUUUAAUAGACCGAGAAGUAGGAUACUGUCAGGGCAGUGCCUUCAUCGUGGGCCUACUUCUAAUGCAGAUGCCAGAAGAGGAGGCCUUCUGUGUGUUUGUUCGGCUCAUGCAAGAGUACCGACUGAGGGAACUCUUCAAACCGAGCAUGGCUGAGCUGGGCCUGUGUAUAUACCAGCUGGAGUACAUGUUGCAGGACCAACUUCCUGAAUUAAACCUUCACUUUCGCUCCCACUGCUUCCAUACCUCUAUGUAUGCCUCUUCCUGGUUUCUAACCUUGUUCCUCACUACGUUCCCUCUGCCUGUGGCCACCCGUGUUUUUGAUAUUUUCAUAUAUGAGGGGUUGGAGGUCAUAUUUCGUGUUGGUAUGGCACUGCUUACCGUGAACCAAACUGAACUUAUGCAGUUAGACAUGGAGGGCAUGUCCCAGUAUUUCCAGAAAGUAAUCCCACACCAGUUUGACAGCUGUCCAGACAAACUGAUUCUUAAAGCUUAUCAAGUCAAAUACAACCCAAAGAAAAUGAAAAGGCUAGAAAAAGAAUAUGCUGCGAUUAAAAGCAAAGAAAUGGAGGAACAAAUUGAAAUUAAGCGGCUACGGACAGAAAACAGACUUUUAAAGCAGCGCAUUGAAACACUAGAAAAGGAAAGUGCGGCCUUAGCGGACAGGCUGAUACAGGGUCAGGUGACCCGUGCCCAGGAGGCAGAAGAGAACUACGUUAUAAAGCGGGAGCUUGCUGUGGUUAAACAACAAUACUACACAGCUGCUGAGAACCUGCAGAGCGCUCAAGGCCUUAUCCGGCAGUUACAGGACAAGCAGAGUGACCCACGGGUAACAGAGGAGCUGGUGCAUCAUCUGGAAUCUGAGCUUGAACAGUCGCGGCUCAGGGAAGCAGAGACUCUGGGAGCCCUUAAAGAGAUGCAGGAGAAGGUGGUGGAGCUAGAGAAGAGGAGCAGCGCUCUUCCUGAUGAGAGUAAUAUUGCCAUGCUCCAGGAAGAGGUCCAAUCUAUGCGGAAGAGAGAAGCCCACGCUCUUCAGGUUAUGCGAGAAGGGCAAAAACAAGUGACAGAGCUGAGUGACAAGUGGCAGUCACUGUCUUCCCGUGGUGGAAGCAUCUGGAAGGAUUCUCCGCGUAAGACCCCAGCAGGAGAGUUGCAUGAUGAGGUGAUGUCAAGUCGUUUGCGAGAGGUCCAGGCUCAAAGCGAGACCCGUGAACUUCGACAGAGAGUACUCGUCUUGGAGAGUCAGGAGCUGUUGCAUGAGAAACAACUCUCACGCCUGGAGAAAGAGUGCAAGGAGCUGAGAGAACGAUUACAGAAUGAAGCUGCUCACAGUAAAGCACUACAGACACAGAUGAAUGAGGAUAAGCGGAGGCACGCAGUCUCUGAGUGCAAGAAUAAAGAAGAGGUGAUGGCUGUGCGCUUGAGGGAAGCAGACAGCAUGGCAGCCGUGGCAGAGAUGCGUCAGCGCAUUGCAGAGCUUGAAAUACAGAAAGAGGAGGGGGUGAUACAAGGAAAGCUGAACGAUUCUGACUCGUCCCAGUACAUCCGGGAGCUGAAGGAUCAGAUUGAAGAGCUGAGGCAGGAGCAGAUCCAACUGUUCCAUGGUCACAAACCUUAUUGCGAUUCCAUUACGUUUGAAGGUCUACAUCUUACUUCCCGCCCAGUACAGGAAGAUGAGGACUCCAUCCCUUCCUCCGAUGAGGAGCUACUCUCAAGGCCCAUGGGUGCCUUACAGGAUGCCUUGUAUCCCCGUUCCCCACACAAGUCCUGCUUCUUACGACCUCUCAGAAGCUCUCCUAGCUCUGAGAGCGAGGAAGGAAUAGAAAGCAAUGGAGUCCCUUUAGACACUCCCACUGAAGCAGCUGAAUAACCAUUGGGAAUGAGAGGGUUAGUGGAUUUCCCUCAUACCCUCUCUGAAAAUCAAUCUUUAGGGCAGGAAAAUAGAAAAAGGAAUAUGAUACCACUUAACCUUGACAAAUACAAACUAUGUGAAGGUGCCCUAUUUUGGCUUUGGUAAAGGUUAAUAAACUACGGCCAUUAAUGUGGAGAGUCACCUUUUUCAAUUAAUUUUUUUCUGGUACUAAAGACUGAGCCGAUUCCUCUACAGAACCAUCUGUAAACUGGAGUGUAUGCUGUGUGAAUUUAAUGUUUAUUUUCACCAUACACAAUUGUUUUUGGAUCUAUACAUGUAGAGAGAUGAUGGAGUCCAUAACAUUUUGGAUGCCAUGGUGCAAACUGGAAAUCUGUUUCUGAAUUGAAGUAUAACGUACAAAAUUUUGGUCCAUCGGAGAAAGGUAGAUGUGUGCAAUGUUUGUCAUACUAAGUGCACAAAAAGAUAAUUGAUUAAUCAGAAGCGUCUAGGAUGUAUUAAAGUGUCCACUUGUCCAUCACUAUUAGAAGCUAAACUCCUAUCAACAAACUAAAGAAAGUGUUGUGUUUUGUUUAAUACAUUCCCUCAUUUCUAACAUUCAACCGUGGUUAUAUAAUAACCAUCCACAUGGAGGUUCUGGUACUUGCAAGAGGAAAGAUCUCCACUGCAAAUGUAUUACCCAAGAGCACUUUGGAUAUGCAGACCUCAUCUGUGUAAAAGUCUGUACACUUUAUUUACCAAAAGGUUUCCAUUUAUUAAAUGACUUGUCGAUGCUAGGAAAGGACCCAGCAUUAAACCUGACGGAAGAAGGUUCACUUGGCCUGACUUUGCAUUUUCAAUCCUUAUAUUUAUUCAUAAGAUCUGCAUAAGCUUUCCAAGUUAUGUUGUUUUCUGAGAGUUUGUGAAGAGCAGAAAACCAGAGCAACCUGCAUAUUAUUACUUACCAUGUUUCUUAACUAAUUAUAAGCUAUACAGUACCAAGCCGGUUCCCGUCUCACCCCAUCCUGCAAUUUAGUCUUUUAUCAGAGGAUUUGUACUACUAUCCUUCGUAAGGUGUUAUGGUGACUGCUUACAAACCUUUUGAAUUAAAGCUGCCUCCAACCAUCACUUUGAGAGCUUACCAGUUGAACGCCUUGGUUCGGGCAUUCUAACUGCCAGUUGACCUCACUAGAAUGUCUCCACUAAGCCACAUCCUAAUAUUCUAAAAUCUAUGAUUUUUAUUAACCAACAUCUUAACAAAGUUCUCCAGUGUUACUUAAUAUUUUGUCACUACAGAAUAAACUGUUAAUGUGUUAAUAUAUAUAUAUAAUUAUUUUGUUUAUUGUAAAUGAUUUAAAGCUAACAAACAUAAGUAUCAGAGAUACAGUGUUUUUUUGUAUUUCUUUUCAAUGGCAAGGGACUCUAAAAUACCUAUUUAUAAAGCCAGCCAUGCCAAAAUAUAUCUGAUGUAGUUUAUUCUGUUUCUUUAUGGUUUUAUUAUAUAACUUUAUCACUUUAAAAAUCUGGGUGCGUACCACAUUCACUCCAGUUUAUUUUUAUUGGACAAAAAAUGUAGGUCACUGUGAUGGGUAUACAAAAAUCUCCUGUCAUUUGACAUGAAGUUACAUUCUAUUUCAGAGUGAUAAAAUUAUAUAAAAGUGUAAAUGUUCCCACUGUUUCUAUUGAAAUGUGUUAUGUAAGUGUGCAUAUGUAUCCCCAUGAAAUGAAUCUGUGGUCAUUACUAGUUAGAGUAAAAAUGUCCUCAAAAUAAUAUGUAGGGGCCUUAUUUUUUUAUUUUAUUUUUUGCGAGAUUCCCCACCUCAAGGUGUACCAUAGCUAUCACAUGUUAAUAUGCAAUAACACAUUAUUUUAUUCACAAAGCAGUUUGUUGAGUCCAAUGCCCGUUUCAACCCUUCCACUUUUCUCUAAAUUUUUCAACUUUGUUGUAAAUUACCCAAGAGUUGGAGAUCUCUUGUCCAAUAAUUUGAUUUCAUAUUUGAACAGAGACAUGCCUCUCCCAAUAUUCAGAAGCAUUAUCAGGGGAAACUUUGGAUGUUGAACAGCUGUAGAAAGAAGCAUGGGUAAUUUGUGGAACUAUGGUACUUCUAGCGGUGGAAGGACCAUCUGUGUAAUAUGUGUAGAUAACCAAUUUCUAUUUAAAAUAUUCAGGUGAAGUUUUUUACUCCUUCUAACAGAUGUAUCUAGAUUGUCACUCGAAGUCAUCUGCCUAACACUUGUGAUAAAGGGGUUUAAAGGACUCGUCACCAUAAAAAACAGAAUAGUAACCUAUUUAUUAUUUAUAUAUGUGUAUAUAUAUAUAUUGGUUUUAAAGUGCAAUAAUUCCAUAUCUAAUAUUAAUACGAAGAUUAAAUACCAUCUAAGAUUAAUACAGGCAUACAUAAACUCUAAUGUGACAAAGAAUUUAAGUGGACCUUUUAAUCUGAAAAGCAAAUGUUAUAAUUAACAAAGCAAAAAUUUGCUAUUUGUUGUGUUAAGAAUAGAACCAUUUCAAAAAUGUUUCCUUUAUUAAUAGAAAUGUACUAAAACUUUGAAUAUUUCCUGGAUUACUGUUAAAUAAAACGAAGAGGCGUUCCACUGCAUGCUGGGAAAGAUUUUUUUUAUUUUUUUAUACCCCCAGCUACCAACUCCUGCAUCUGUAAAGUCUGUGCAAAUGAAUUAUUUUAGACACAACAUUUUUAGAAUGGUUCAAGUUUUAACUCCCAACAUGCAAUAUGUAUGCUGUAAUAAUCAAUAUAAUGUGUAUUAUCCCCAAUUAAUCUCCGCUUUAAACAACUUCCUUAGUUUAUUUUAAAGAAUUGAGAAUUAUCAGAGUACAAAUAUAUUAGUUUUGUAAUGCUGUUUAAAAUGGAAAUGUCUUAACUGCCAUUCAGUGGAGUAAAGCGCAAGGGGGAUAUUUGUAUUCCUUCUAUAUAAAGUAUUAUAAUGGAACUUUAUGAAUUUCUGUAAAAAUCUGAAAAAAAUGUUUUUGUGAAUGGUGCACUACAUUUAGAGUGAGGAUAUUGCCUUCCUAUUUGUUGCUGUAACUUGUUCUCUAUAUUUUGUGUCAUUAUUGCUAUCCGUAUGUGUUUUGAGUGCCAAAUCCUUCUGAAACGGGUGAUAGUGGGUGGACAGAUUGCUAGUUUCUUCUAGUUAAGGGCUAAGCGUGAGCAUCUCUGUGUGUCACAGAUCCGUAUGCAGUGAUAUCUGCAGUGCUUGAUACAAGAGGAUUACAAGCUUAAAUAAUGGUCUACAGAUAGUAGGGAAGUAUUCAACACUACAGCUCUCAGCCAGGUUGUGACUAACAGUCAGGGGUGUUUUAGUUAAACUACUACUGGGAAGUUUGCCCGGUGCAUAUAAACAUCAAAACUGUUACCAUGUAGUAUUCUCAGAGAUUUUGGUAAUUGAGGUAUAGGAUAAGUUGAUGGGGUAAUGAAUCCUGGGUGCCCACAUACUCCCCUCAGGAUAAUAUUAGCUCCACUCCUUGGCAAUACAACUAAUUUUUAUUUAUUUAUUUAUUUUAAAUUCGAGAAUACCAAUAAAGAUUCUGGCCUUUAGAAGACUGGCUUUCAAACAUCUGGUCCAUAGGUGGGUGUGGAAAGGAAGUAAUGCUCUGCAGCUAGAGAAAUGCCAAAUGGUUAGUGCACAUAUAUACUACUGAUGUAGACUGGAGGUUAGAGGAAUGAUAGUCUAGAGGUACAGUUAGUGGUCAGUAUAUAGAUGGUCUUCAGGUACAGUUAGUGGUCAGUAAAUAGAUGGUCUAUAGGUGAACAUUGGUAGUCAGUCGAUAGCACUAGAAUGAAGUUUAUGGACAGUGACCAGAUGGUGGACAGUUAGAGAGGUUGGUGCUUAGUGGAAAGAUGCAGGUGCAGGUACAGGUAGAAACUGGUUAGAAUGGGAUAUAUGUCGCUACAGAUAGAGGUUGGUGCUCAGUGGAGUAAUGCUUGCAGAUGACUUACAGUAUUGCAGUUCUUUUCUUUAUUUCAAGUAUGUUACGACGGUGCCAUAUCACUCCCACCCUCUGAGCGUGUUUACACAGCAUGUCACUGUAAGGGGAGGGAUAAUCCUGUUAUUUUGCCCCUUACUGGGACUGGAGGAACAGCGACUGUUAAAGCUGUAGCUUCACUCAAUAAAUAAACUCACACUGUCUUACUAAUAAACUGUCUGGAAAUGUA